CAGUAUCAUUCCUACCCAUUCUUCUUGUCGUCUCCGCUAUUUGAUCUCCGGCGACGUACGGUUAGAAUCUCUGCCACUGCAUCCAUCUGUCAUUUCGUUUUUGUUAACAUAGAAUUGUAUAUGCUUGCUUAGCAAUGUAUUAAACCAUAAGGCAGCUGUAGUUUAAAUAAAAAAUAUGAUGAUGAUGAUGAUGAGAUACGUGGAGCCCAAAUAGGUGUAGUUAAUUGCAAGAUCGUAUAUGUCCUUCUUCAGGACAUUCCUCAACAGUCCUGUUGGACCAAAGACUACGCAUUUCUGGGGUCCCGUUGCCAACUGGGGAUUCGUUGCCGCGGCAAUGGCUGACAUCGAGAAACCUCCAGAAAUGUUAUCUGGCAACAUGACCGGAGUGAUGUGUGUAUAUUCAGCUUUGUGCAUGAGAUUUGCAUGGAUGGUUCGCCCUCGCAACUAUCUGCUUCUUGUGUGCCAUGCAUCAAAUGAAACGGUUCAACUAUACCAGCUUUCGCGUUGGGCAAAAGGUCAAGGGUACUUGCAGCUCAAGGAUAACAAGACACCCUCAACUUCACUUUAGAUUACUAUUCUCACUUAUGUUCUGUAUUGUGUAAUAAUAGAUCAGAGUUGGUUGAUCAAUUACAAGCUUUUAUUCAUCAAAAUUUCAAUCA